CGAGUGAUAAAAAUAAAAAGAAAUAAUGGAGAUAGAAAUGUAGGUGUAUUUCUACGACGGUAAUUAAAUCCGAAAUAACAAGAUUACAACACGACCCAUUUUAAAAUACGUGGAGAAGAGGAGGGAGCCGAACCAGAACACCAGAGGCAAAUAAAAACUGUCACAGUACGCAUAGCUCCGACCUGUUUACACAGAUACCACAAUCUGCUCCCAUUUUCCGUACAUCCCUCCGUCACAAACCUGAAAAUCAAGCGAAACGCAACGACGAGAUUCUGCGGGCAUCGCAACCAUCGGAGAACCGCCUCGCUCCAUCAGAUGACGGUGGUGCGGCGGGCGGAGUGAGGGAGUGAAAAACGAGAAAUUAGGAUUUCGAGGACAGCGAAGUGCUUGGAACACGAAAAACCAAUUGCACGAGGACUCGAGGGGGAGUUGGUGGAUAGUUGAAAGCGCGAUAGCUCGACGAGAGUCCGAGGACGUAAUUACGUAUGCGGGAUGGGAAAGACUUUACACACUCUCUUAUGUCGGUGACGAGGGAGAGGAAAAGACAGUAACGUUGUUGAGAGACAAUCGUGCAUGUUCUUGGGAAUACGUGUGAUAUAAAUAACGCACGAUAUAUAUAUCGUAUAAGAUACAGAAUGUUGCCACAAGGAAGAAACGACUUUCGUGUGUGGAGUGGAAACUAGUUUUUCGGUGAUAUAACUUCAAUCACCGAAAUUUCAUCGGAUUCGUUUACGAGUGAAAUUUCCCCGUAUAUAUAUAACACAAAAUAAAAAUGCUGCGAUAAAAUAACCCCGUAUUGUGAAAAAGAGAGGUCGUUUCAACGCAACUGUCGUUCGCAAGUCGGCCGCGCGCACACAAUGCAACUCGCCGCGCCCGAUGCAAUCGCGUCCUAUUAAUGAAUGUAGUUCGCAUCCGCGGCACGCGCGUUAAGAUCGUUACGAAAUCUCGCGUCACGUGUACGAGAACCGAAAGUGGAAGGAAGGAAGGAAGGAAGGAAGCAGGAAGGAAGGAAGGAAGGAAGGCACGUGAGGCAUUAUUAAACUUCUCUCGCUCUAAUCCGAGUGUAACGCGCGUGGUUUACGUGGUCGGAACGAAAACUAUGCGGCACGAUGAGGGGGCCAAGAAGAAUCGGUGGUGGCCUACCGAGCGGGAAAAAGCUGGACUGUUGCCAAAAGGUGCGUCAAGCUCGCGGAGUAUUGCUGGUGUACUUGAGCAUCUGUGCAUUGCUGCCCGGCGCUAUUUUCACCGCGUCAGCACACGUACGCGUAACAUCCACCGAAGAUGCGCAGCGGCAUGCAAACGAUGCCAGUAAUGAUUUGAUGGAAGAUAUGCCCGUUUUCGAGCCGACAGCAGCAAAUGUCAGUGCAUUUGUAGGACAAACCGCAUAUCUGCCGUGCCGCGUGCGAAAUUUGGGCGACAAAGUGGUUUCCUGGAUGAGGAGCAGAGAUCUCCAUAUCCUCACUUCGGGAAAUUUUUCGUUCAGCUCGGAUGCGCGAUUCGGACCCCAGCACACCCCAGGCAGCGACGCCUGGACUCUCAGGCUGGAUAACGCCAGGAAGACGGAUUCUGGCAAGUACGAGUGCCAGGUCAAUACGGAACCGAAGAUCAUGUAUGCAGUGCAGCUUUCUGUGCGAGAACCGGACAAACCGGAGGGCUAUGACGAGCCGCAUUCUCAGCAGACACGUAUAAGCUACGAGAGUACGGCGCCGGUGGCGGACAUAAUGGGUCCCCGGGAGCAAAGGGUGCCAUCGGGCUCGACGAUCACCCUGAGGUGCGUCAUAUUGUCGCCGUAUCAGACCCGUCCUAUCAAGGGUGUACAAUGGCUACGGGAUAACAAACUCCUAACAUUCCAGGCAGCGCGUGGAGGGAUAAAUGUAGAGACCGAAAGGGGUGCAGCACGUACGGUAUCCGUGUUGACUUUGGCGGCGGUGACUCAAGAUGACGUCGGAAACUAUUCAUGCAGACCGACGGAGGGUCGAUCAGCCACUGUCACCUUAGUCGUUGAGGAAGGGGAACGCACGGAAGCCAUGCAACGUGACGCCGGAUACGUCUCCUCCGGAAGUGACGUCAGGCACUGGCCCGGACUUCUGCUUCCGUUUUCGUGGUUUCUAAUACUCGCGCGCAACAGCCAAACUUUCUUGCUCUAGCGCACACACCCGACAGUAUUUCACGCUUAUUUCUUGCCGUUCCCAUUGCAACGUUGAAAUGUACCUAAAAUGCGACCAAGCGAAUUUAGAUUUGUAAAGAUAAACUUUUAUAGAUUCUAGGAAACAUAUUUAUAAAGCGCGUUAUAUGAUAUACCAGAUGAAGAGAUUACACAAUUUAAAAAUUGUUUGCGAUAAGAGCCAUUUGGAGGGCUCAAAUUUAUCUUCUGCAAUAAUUGCAAAUACGUACAAAUAAAGUUACGGAAAGUUUGAUUUAGUUCGGGAAAUAUCUUAAAAAUGUUAUAUAAAUCGUAGAGCAUAAUUAUAUCAUGAUUGAUAAAUUGGGCUAUUAAAUAAAUAAUAUAACUGCUUAGUGCAUAAUGCAAUCAAGGGAAAUAGGGUAAAUAAUGUAAUAUCAACGUGUUUAAGAAGUUAACGUUAAUCUGUUUUUAUAUGUAACAGAGAAUGUUGAUAUGAAGAAUAAUUAUAAUUGGCUAGAUUCUAAAAAAUGUAUGUGGAAAUUAUGAAUUGCUCUAACUGAGAAGUUGGUUACAGCAAGAUGAUCAAUAAGUAGAUUCUAUGACAGAUUUUUGUAGAUAUUUAUUAUAGGUAAUGAUCAUAUACAUACAAAACUACUUUUUGUUGCAACAAUUUUACAUGGGAAAGAGUAUAAACGCCAAGUUGGUUUGUACGUAAUGUAAUAUUUCUUUGCCGUAAUAUAUUAGACUAGAGAAUGACUGUACUUGUAAAAUAAUAGAAAAGUGAUAAGUGCAUAAAUCUUUUCCGCCGGCCGUGCUUUAAAAGCCCCAACUUUUUCUCAUUAAUUAAGACAAUAAAUUUAGUAUGUUCAUUCAGUUCUCCGAUUGUGCAUAUAUAAAAUGAGGUAGGUUUUUUUGAAAGAAUUUCAGAAAUGGGAACAAAAAUAAAACGUCCUUUGCACAAGUUUCCUCGCAUGCUGUCUCUUAAAUUUAGUUUCGUGCGCAAAUAAUUCAUUAAAUGACCUGCGAUACUCCAUUUGAUCUCAAUGUUCCGGAACCUUCUUUUCGAUGUGCUCUCUCGCAAUUCACGGUGUUUCUUUGAACGCAGCUCUUAAA